UCUUUAAUAAUUUGUAAAAUUUUUUCUACUAUUUUAAAGGGUAAUAUAAUGGAUAGGCAUAAUGAAACGUUCGAAUCAUUUUCCAAUCCGGCAAAUAAUUGGGAAUAUCAUUCUAAUGUAACAGUGAUAAGCACUAAACAAAAAAAUUCCAAUCCGAAAAAAAAACAUAUCAAUCGACCUCGAUCAAGCAGUCCACAGAAAACACCGAAAAUGUCAUCCGAUGAAACAUUCACAAAGAGUCGCUCAAAGUCACCAAACAAAAGAUUUUCGCAAUUGUCAGAAACACUGGAUUAUUUGUCACCACAAUGUCAACUGGGAGGAUGUUCAGCCACACUUAUUGUUCAGGACACAAAAUUUUUGGUUUGCAAACAUCAGCUUUCGUAUGUUAGCGAUUAUUUUCGAGCUUUAUUUUUGGCCAACAAAUCAGAGCCCAUAUCAGGCGCAUAUCGUAAUUCAUGUAACGAAUUUGCUGUCGUUGUUUCAUCAUUUAAACACCCACCACCAGCCAUACAGUUCAAAUGGUUUCUGGAAAGUGCCAUCCAGAGUCCUGCUUUUAACGAUAUUACAGAUGACACAUUGGAGACAUGUAUGAGGUUGUCAAAGCGAUUUCGUGCUAAAUACUUGGAAAUGAAAUGUGCCAAAUAUAUUCAAGAUAACGUAACUGAAAGGAGUCCAAUGGUAGCAUUAUGUUGGUUGAAUUGGGUACUAAAACAUAAAUUCGAUCGGAUUACGCAUGAUGCUUGUCUUCCGUGUGUUGCUGCAGCUUCGGUACAAUGUCUGGAAGAACAUCGGAAUUUAAUUUCUGAACGAUUAUUAGCUGAUUUAUUAGCUGCUAAAUUGAGAACACUUUACGAUCAGGCGGUAACUGUCUUCCAAACAAUUCAUAGCAUGGAUCAUUUCUAUGUUGAUGUUGCUAAAUGUCCAACUUGUGGUUGUCAAAGAGAGCAAGGAAAAGUUCGCAUACAAGCUAGCCCUUGCAGGAAAAUGCUUGGUUGUGAACGAUGUUUGAGAGAGUACGGUUGUAAUUUGACUGGUAAAGAUCAUAAAGAUCUCCAAGCAUGUUAUCAAUGUGAGCACGGUUUGGUAGAAUUAAAUGAUCAUACACCUGAUUGUCAAUGUCAGAUUCCCUUAUUAGCUUCACAUUUGAAAGGACUACAAUUUCAUUUUCUACCCCUCACUAAUCAUCAUUGAUAUUUCCUCCCCUUUUUUUUCUUUACUCUCCAUGUCUCAUAAUUGUCAUAGGUUGCAUCUUUGAACCAUAUUUUCGAUUGC